AUGAGCCGCCUCCUCUCCCGGAGGCACCUUGCCGCCGUCCGUCGAUCCGCACCCCUCGCGUGCGUGUCCAGGUGGCUGCACACGCCGUCAUUUGCGACGGUGUCUCCGCAAGAGGUUUCAGGUUCCAGCCCCGCGGAAGUGCGGAAUUUUGUGCAGGGAAGCUGGACAGCACCUGCUAACUGGAACUGGAUAGUUGAUCCCUUGAACGGUGACCAAUUCAUCAAAGUUGCUGAGGUUCAGGGAACAGAAAUAAAGCCAUUUGUGGAGAGUUUAUCUAAAUGCCCAAAGCAUGGACUUCACAACCCACUUAAAGCUCCAGAGAGGUACCUAAUGUAUGGAGAUAUAUCUGCAAAAGCUGCACAUAUGCUGGGCCAACCUGCAGUCUCAGAUUUCUUUGCUAAACUUAUCCAGAGGGUAUCUCCAAAGAGCUACCAACAAGCUCUUGCAGAAGUUCAAGUUUCUCAAAAGUUUUUGGAAAACUUUUGUGGAGAUCAGGUACGCUUUCUGGCAAGGUCAUUUGCUGUACCUGGCAACCAUCUUGGACAAAGAAGUAAUGGCUACCGUUGGCCAUAUGGCCCAGUUGCAAUUAUCACACCAUUCAAUUUUCCGUUGGAGAUUCCCUUACUACAAGUAAUGGGAGCGCUAUACAUGGGAAAUAAACCAGUACUCAAGGUUGACAGCAAGGUUAGCAUUGUGAUGGAACAAAUGAUUAGGUUGCUUCAUGAUUGUGGAUUGCCAGCGGAGGAUAUGGAUUUCAUAAAUUCUGAUGGUGUCACAAUGAACCAGCUUCUGUUAGAGGCUAAUCCGAAAAUGACCCUUUUCACUGGGAGCUCACGGGUAGCAGAGAAAUUGGCUGCUGAUUUGAAAGGCCGAGUCAAAUUGGAGGAUGCUGGUUUUGAUUGGAAAAUUCUUGGUCCAGAUGUUCAAGAGGUUGAUUAUGUUGCAUGGGUUUGCGAUCAGGAUGCUUAUGCUUGUAGUGGUCAGAAAUGCUCUGCUCAGUCUGUUCUAUUCAUGCACAAGAAUUGGUCUUCUAGUGGUCUGCUUGAGAACAUGAAGAAACUUUCUGAAAGAAGGAAGCUUGAAGAUUUAACAAUUGGUCCAGUCCUUACAGUUACUACAGAAGCCAUGAUAGAGCACAUGAACAACCUUCUCAAAAUACCAGGAUCGAAGGUUCUGUUUGGUGGUGAACCAUUGGCGAAUCACUCAAUUCCCAAAAUUUAUGGUGCCAUGAAGCCUACUGCUGUAUUUGUUCCUCUAGAAGAAAUUCUAAAAAGUGGGAACUUCGAGCUUGUGACAAAGGAGAUAUUUGGUCCAUUCCAGGUAGUUACAGAAUACUCUGAGGAUCAGCUUGAAUUGGUCUUAGAAGCCUGUGAAAGGAUGAAUGCACAUCUGACGGCUGCAGUAGUCUCAAACGAUCCACUAUUCCUGCAGGAUGUACUUGGGAGAUCUGUUAACGGGACCACGUAUGCCGGAAUUCGAGCGAGGACCACUGGCGCUCCACAGAACCACUGGUUUGGCCCGGCUGGUGAUCCGCGAGGCGCUGGCAUCGGAACUCCGGAAGCCAUCAAACUUGUUUGGUCCUGCCACAGGGAGAUCAUAUAUGACAUCGGUCCCGUGCCCAAGAGCUGGGCGCUUCCUUCCGCGACUUGA